AUGCUACCGAGAAUGAAAGAACAAGUGCAGUCGACGAAGGUUCUUGAAAAUUAUCCCACCACACUCAAACCAGUCGAAGUUCCAGCGCCCUACCACGUGGAAAACGGUAAAAUGGUAUUGAAGCCUGCCACUAGUAAAUUAUGGGGAAUUGCCAGUUGGUGUUGCUUAGUAUCCGUUUCCUUGUUUUGUAAAAUUUUCUUAAAACUUUGCACAAGCUCAACAACUGUGUAUAAUGAAGAAUCAUUCUUGGAGCUUUUGAUGGAUCCCAAAAGGACGAGACCUAUAUUGACGGUUUCCAAUCAUACGUCCACGAUUGACGAUCCAUUAAUCUGGGGCAGUCUUCCGUUAAGG